CUGUUUAUUCUCUCGCCCCAUCUGUCUGUGUGCUCGCUCGCCCAGUGGAGGAGGAAGAGGAGGUGGCAGGAGGCCAAGCAGGAGAAGAAGGAGCACCAGAAGAAGGAGGAGGAGGAGCAUCAGGAAGCUGCCGGCUGCAUCUCCUCAUUGAAACGAGAAGGUCAGCCGGGAGGAGGUGGACCAGAGGGGGGGGGCAGCAGCUCCACAUCCACUCGCCGCUGGGACGCCGAGCCGUCACCACCGAGAGCCGGGACAGGAUCAGGCAGCACGGCCUUGCCAACGAUGGAUUUCAAGGCCAACCUGAAAGGGGUGAAGGACCGUAAGGCCAGUGCCACACAACAAGUGGACUUCCGUGCCGUGUUGACCAAGAAGAAAGCUGCUGACACGCCCGGCGAAAAGAAGACGGCAAACACCGCCAAGAACGGCGAGGGACCCAAGGCGGCGGCUAACAACUGCGUGGAUGGAGGCGUGCAGCCGAAGGGCAGCGCCGAUGGCGGCAAGGCACCCCAGUUUUUGGAGAAACUGAGCGACGUGACGGUGCUGGAUGGACAACGUCUUCGCCUUCAGUGUCGUGUUUCCGCCACGUGUGACGUCACUGCCAGUUGGACGCUGGAUGGAAAGCUCAUCAAAGCAUCCAAAUUCAUUGUCCUUGCCAAUGAAGGCGGCCUGUGCUCGCUGACCAUCGACAAAGCUCUCCCCGAGGAUGAAGGCCAGUACAAAUGCAGGGUAGAGAACUCGGGAGGCCAAGCAGAAUGUUCUUGUAUGGUUCUCGUGGACGACCCUCCAGAAAACUCUCCAGCUGACAAGAAUUCCAAGAAGAAGACUGCGACCUCAGAGAGUGAAGCUCGCAUAAAGAAGCCCACAGCCAAGACACCUCCCAAGCAAGCGCUGCCUCCGCACAUCCUACAAUUCCCAGAGGACAUGAAGAUCCUGGCAGGAGAGAAGGUGGAGAUCCCCUGCAAGUUCUCUGGAGCGCCACCCAUCAACUGCACCUGGCUCAAGUUUAGGAAACCUAUCCAGGAGGGCACAGCGGGAAUCUCCAUCACCAGCACGGAGAGCAACAGUCAGUUGACCAUCUCAAGUGGUCAGCAGGAACACUGCGGCUGCUACACUAUCGAACUGAGGAACCAAUAUGGCCUCAGACAAGCCGCCCUCAACCUCACCAUCGUGGAUAAACCCGACCCCCCAGCAAAGGUUCCGGCAACAUCAGACGUCAGGCGGGCUAGCCUGACCUUGUCCUGGUACGGUCCAACUUACGAUGGCGGCAGCGCCGUGCAGUCGUACCACCUGGAGAUGUGGGACUCUGUGGACCAAAAGUGGACACAGCUGGUAUCCUGCAACAGCACGUCCUACAAUAUCCAAGACCUUCUUCCGGAGCGCCAGUAUAAGUUCAGGGUCCGAGCAGAGAACAUCUAUGGGAUUGGGGAGCCGAGCGCAGAGUCAGAGCCCGUCACAAUGGGUCUCGUGGACGAUGAAAACCAGGAUGAGGUAGAGGAAGAGGAUGACGACUCAGAAAAAGAGCCAGACUACAGAGAGGUGUCAGUCCGAGCAGAUGUGAAGGUGAAGGAGCUGUAUGACGUGGAGGAAAGGCUGGGAACGGGGAAGUUCGGCCAGGUGUUCAAACUGGUAGAGAAGGCCACCAAGAAGGUCUGGGCAGGGAAGUUCAUCAAGGCGUACUCAGCCAAGGAGAAAGAGAACGUCCGGCAAGAGAUUGGCAUCAUGAACAGCCUCCAUCACCCCAAGCUGGUCCAGUGCGUUGACGCCUUCGAGGGCAAGUCUGACAUCGUCAUGGUGCUGGAGAUGAUCUCUGGUGGCGAGCUGUUUGAGCGCAUCAUCGAUGAAGACUUUGAGCUGACGGAGCGCGAGGUGAUCAAGUACAUGCUACAGAUUGUGGACGGGGUGGGCUUCAUCCACAAGCAGGGCAUCGUGCACCUCGACCUCAAACCUGAAAACAUCAUGUGUGUCAACAAGAUGGGCAGCAAGAUCAAACUCAUCGACUUUGGCCUCGCCAGGCGGCUAGAAAAUGCUGGAACUCUUAAAGUCCUGUUUGGGACACCAGAAUUUGUGGCUCCUGAAGUGAUCAACUAUGAAGCCAUCAGUUACCCCACUGACAUGUGGAGUAUUGGAGUAAUAUGUUACAUACUGCUCAGCGGUCUCUCACCCUUCAUGGGAGACAAUGAUAACGAGACUUUGGCUAAUGUGACUUCGGCCAUAUGGGACUUUGAAGACGAGGCCUUCGAUGAGAUCUCAGACAAUGCCAAGGACUUUAUCACUCAGCUGCUGAAGAAGGACAUGAGGGCGCGGCUGACUUGCCCUCAGUGUUUUGAGCACGCCUGGCUCAAGCAGGACACCAACACUAUGAAGGCCAAGAAGCUGUCCAAAGAAAGAAUGAAGAAGUACAUCCUGAGGAGGAAAUGGCAGAAAACGGGUCACGCAGUGCGUGCCAUCGGCAGACUGUCGUCCAUGGCCAUGAUGGCCGGGGUCAGUGCCAAGAAGGGCUCACCCACUGAAGAAGAUAACCCAUUCCUGGAAUGCUUGGAGCUGGAGCAGAAAGCGGAGUGCAAACCCACCUUCAGCACCGUCAUCCAAGACGUGGAAGUGGUAGAAGGCAGUGCCGCCCGCUUUGACUGCAAAAUCGAAGGUUACCCCGACCCCGAGGUGGUGUGGUACAAAGACGAGCAGCCCAUCAAGGAAACUCGCCACUUCCAGAUUGAUUAUGACGAGGAAGGCAACUGCAGUCUGGUCAUUUCAGAGGUGUCGGGCGAUGAUGACGCCAAAUACACGGUGAAGGCGGUGAACAGUCUGGGGGAGGCCACGUGUACUGCCGAACUGCUGGUGGAGGUGAUGGCAGGGGGGGAGGAAGAGGAGGAGGAGGAGGAGGAAGAAGAAGAGGAGUGAAUCCACCUCCUCCUUGGGCUGUGUCUUAAUUGGCGCACUUCUGUACUUACACUUCAUUACACAAAAUGCCAAAUGUUGCUCUAAAAACGGUCAAAAUGGUGAGUGUGCAGUGCUGGACACUUACCACCCUCAACAGUCGCCAUCUUGGCUCUAGCAGAAAGGGGAGGGACUACCAAACUAAAGGCGAUCAUUCAAAGAAGGGGGUGUGCGAUGAAAUUGUCACACUCAGGAACUAAGUGCACAAUAUACACAGUAUACUUAUUGAAGUGUACUGACCAAAGUGUUCCACUUGAGACACAGCCUUGGACUUGCACACAGACAGGAUGUGGUGCACUUCUAUUUCCUGUUUGACAGAAGGUUCCUGAUAUUCACAGAGUUGGCUCACAUGAUGCGCAGAAAAGAUCAAAAGUUUGAAACUAAAUCACAAGUUUGAGUUUCAACCUAAUUAUGAAAAUAAUUUUCGUAUUAGUCCAAAGCUAAUCUAACGGCACAACCCGGCAAGUGUGUGAUGCAUUUUUAACGGCAAUGAGAGAAAGGCCUUGUGGUUAAUGGAGCUGCAGGUUGAUCCAGCUCUGUCAAUACAGCCAGAGUGACAACUGUGAUUAUCAUUAUUUAUAAGUAAACCACACACAAAGUCUUUCUCAUCUAGAGCAUAGUUUUGUGCUUGUUGAAUGUGUGUGAGCCUUAAAGCGACGCUGUCGUCAUGGUUUGUUUGCUGUGUUCACACUGGAUAACACUGUGCUUUUACCACGUGGCCUCCUUCACACACUGAUGAUGAUGAUGUUAAUGAUGCCGCCUCGUGUCAUUCACAUUCUGAUGACACCAGCAUCAGGACCAACAGGGAACCAGUGGCCUUGCAAUCAUGAGACAGCCCUGAGCCAAGAUAAUGUGUUGAAACACAAACACACACACACUUUUUGGCUUUCUGAAUGACAUCAGCACUUUCUUUGCACAUUAGAGUAUUCACAGAGGGGAGUCAGCUCAACCAGGGGUGUCCAAAAUACAGCAAUUUGUGGCCUGCAGCUUAUUUUGUUUUGUUUUUUUUUGCCCACAGAACAUUAUAGAAAUACAAUUGAACAAGAAAGCCAACAGCAAAAAACAGAUAAAUUAUGCUUGUCAUAAUAAUAAUAAUAAUAAUAAUAAUAAUAAUAAUAAUAAUAAUAAUAAUAAUACACUUAGUCCUGUAACACAAAACUGAGAUGCAGGCUGUUUUUUUUUUAAAUCUAUUAAUAUAUUAAAUGUUGUUUUCUUUUUAAAUAACAGAAAUGUCAAAUAUCAAAACGGCCCUCCAUUUUAUUUUUUGUUUCACUAGGCCAAUACAUCCCUCGGGUGGCAAAUAUUUGGACACCUGAACUAAAAUUCACAGACGUGUGUGUUGUAUGUGUACAUUUAUUUCACACACACAGUGACUAUGGAGAUUUAUGGCACGUCACAACUGGCAGACAUUUUUUUUUCUAUUAGUUGUGUAUGAAGAAGGUCCUUGUCUAGUUUGUACAAUUAUAUAUAACUUUGACAUGUAUGACAACACUGCCAGUGUACCUACUCACGUUUAAGUAAUAAAAUAUUCACAAACCAA